AUGGCGCCCAGCAAGAUAAUUAUAGAUACCGACCCCGGCGUCGAUGAUAUUCUAGCCAUGCUUCUGGCCUUUUCGGCCAAGAGCGAGGAAUUGGAUAUUUUGAUGUUGAGUUUGACAUUUGGCAAUGUCGAGGUGAAGAAUUGCCUAAGGAAUGUGGUUACGCUAUUCCACUACAUCGAGAAGGAGAGGGCAUGGCGGAAAGAAAAUGGGAGGCCGGAGGGCUUUGAAACAUUGAAUGCGAGGAAACCUAUUGUCGCUGUUGGUGCUGAAGAGCCGUUGGCGGAACACAUGAUGGUGGCAGACUUUUUCCAUGGCAUCGAUGGACUUGGAGGUAUACAUCAUAGCCACCCCCAUCUCUCGCCCGAGGAGACGUGGAAAUCACUCUUCACACCUCAGCCGAAGAAUCUUGCGGCGGAAGAAGCUGCAGCGCUGCAAAAGGUCAAGGAGAAGCACUCGCUCUUUACGCCGUCGCUCAAACCAGCACAUGAAGUCAUGCUCGACUUGUUGAGGGAGAACGAACCGGAUACGAUUACUAUCGUGGCUGUUGGUCCGCUGACGAAUCUUGCUAUCGCUGCUGCGAAGGACCCAGAGACGUUUUUGAAGGUCAAGGAGGUAGUUGUUAUGGGUGGUGCUAUCGAUGCGCCUGGAAAUAUGACCCCAGGAGCCGAAUUCAACACUUACGCCGACUCCGUAGCGUCUGCCCGCGUCUUCGCAUUGACAUCGCAGAACCCCCAUCUCACCAUGCCACCCGUUAUUUCAAACAACAAAAAGGAGCAGUUACCGCCUUACCCGGAAAAGUUGAGCAAGAGGCAAGUUCCAAACUAUAUGCGUAAUUGCACAUGA